AUGUUUUCUCGCAACCUCAUCCGCGUUCCUCGUCUCUAUCGGGGCCUUGCUACUCAUGCCACUCUCCCCCAAAGCACAUCGCUGCCAGCUGUACUACACCUAAAAACUGGCCAGUCUUUCACUGGUCGCUCGUUUGGUGCUCCUCGCAGCAUCUAUGGCGAGACUGUUUUCUCCACUUCUAUUACCUCAUAUACCGAGUCAAUGACAGACCCAUCCUAUCGUGGUCAAAUCUUGGUUUUCACGACUCCCCUCAUUGGAAAUUACGGCGUGCCCCACAACACAACUGCUGUAGAUACGCAAAAUGUUGGCGUAGUGCUUGAAUCCCCCUCCAUCCAGUGUUCAGCGGUUGUCGUCGCUGAUGUCGCUGAGCGCUUUUCGCACCAUACCGCCGUCGAAAGCCUCGCGUCGUGGUGUGCGCGUUACAACGUUCCAGGUAUUUCAGGUGUUGAUACACGUGCCAUCACCCGGCUAUUACGCGACCAAGGCACGACUCUCGGCCGCCUGGCUGUCGGAACUGAUGCUACCCUCUCGCCACCCAAAGCCGAGGAGUACUGGGAUCCCACCACUGAGAACCUCGUUGCGCAAGCAUCAACCAAAGUCCCGUAUGACCUGAACCCCACCGGUGACGUGAAGAUCGCUGUGCUCGACUUCGGCGCGAAGGCAAACAUCUUGCGGUCCCUCGUCCGGCGGGGUGCGGCUGUGACGGUGCUCCCAUGGGACUUCGACUUUAACGCCAUUCGCGACCGCUACGAUGGACUGUUCCUCUCAAAUGGUCCCGGUGAUCCGAACCACUGUACACCUGCAGCUAUCAACUUGCGACGUACACUUGCAGAGUGGAACAAACCUGUCUUCGGAAUCUGUAUGGGCCACCAAGUAAUCGGCAUGGCGGCAGGACUCGACGCGUACCGUAUGACAUUUGGUAAUCGGGGGCACAACCAGCCUGUUCUUGCGCUAGCGUCCUCGGGUUCCAUCCGCGCUGGGCGGGUGUACGUCACGAGUCAAAAUCACCAGUAUGCGCUCCGGCUGCAAGAUCCGUUCCCAGAAGGGUGGGAGCCGUUCUUUAUCAAUUGCAACGAUUCGAGUGUGGAGGGCAUCAAAAGCACUGCAGAGUCAGGACGCAGGGUCUGGGGCGUGCAGUUCCAUCCUGAAAGCGCGGGUGGUCCGCUGGACACGAUCGAGAUGUUCACAGAUUUCCUAGCGGAGUGCCGUGCGCACAAGCUACAAUUGGGCUUGCAGACUGGCGAUGUGAUGGGCGCAAAACAAGAGGUUCCAGCACUAGGAAAAGAAGCCCCUCGACCGAUUGCCGCUGCUGCUUGA